AUGGUUGCCGCUGCAAUGCCGAAUAGUCCGUCGUUCGAUCCCCAGAAGACGGAAAUGUAUGGGUUCGGUGCCAUUCCGACCAUUGGCAACGGAAGUGCUGGGGCGACUGCGCAGACAGGUCCAUCGACUCGCAGGAUCAGGAUCAAGCUCAUCACCAAAGAGGCCAGGCAGAAGAUGGAGGCAGAAGCCAAGGCAUCGAGCGCGGCCUCGAAAGUGAAAGUUACCAAGAAGGCAAAGACCUCGGCGGCUGGGAAGGCGGCCCCAGCUGCAGCGAACAGCAAGAAGAAGAAGAAGGCCGCGACGGGUGAAGAAUCGGCUCCAGCUCCUGCGCCUAGCAAGGCCAAGAAGAGGAAGGCCUCUGACGAAGGGUCGGCCCCAGCUGCUGCACCCAGCAAGGCCAAGAAGAGAAAGACGUCGACGGAUGAAGAGUCGGCUCCAGCUACUACUACUGCACCCUGCAAGGCUAAGAAGAAGGCCGCCUCGACGUGCGGAAAACUGGCUCCAACGACCGCCGCACCCAACAAAUCCAAGAAGAGAAAGGCCUCGACGUGCGAGGAGUCGGCCCCAGCUGCUGCACCUAGCAAGGCAAAGAAGAGAAAGACCGCCGCAGCAAAAGCUGUCCCGCCGGAGCAGUCUAACACUGACAACUUGAGCAACGCCUCUGCGGUUGAGAGUCUGCCUGAGACUGGCAACACUGUUGUGGCCGUUUCCGCACCUGCCGCCACUGCCACAAACAGCCAGACUGCUGUUGGCAGCGCUAUCCCAAAGCCUAAAAGCAAGGCUCCUCAGAAGAAGCGCCUGCGGUCUACCAAGGCCAAGGCAGUCCCGGCGAAGGAGUCGAGCAAUGUCAACUCCGACAACGCCGCUGCAAUCAACAACCCUCCUGCGACCGACAAUAUCGCCGCGUCUGUUUCUGCGCCUGCUGCUAUUGUCACAAGCAGCCAGGCUGCCGUUGGAAGCGAAAUUCCAAAGGCCCAAAGUGAGGCUCAACAGAAGAGGCGCCUGCGGUCUACCAAGGCCAAGACUGGGCCGAAGAAAUGA